AAGAUCAACCAAGCCGGCCGGGUUGCGCCAAUGAGCACCCCAGGGCGCCUUUACGGGUCCCUGCCAUCAUCCCAAGUGGAGGACACUUCGUGCCGAGCAAGAACAACGCUGAAGUCUGCAGAGGCUUCUCUUCCUCGGACGGUCGCCUCAUCACCUUCUGGCUCGGAUGCAGGAGACGAGAGGUCGGCAUGGAGACGGAUAUCCCGACGGCGCCCAACCACUUGGUGACACUCACCUCCGUUUUCAACGCCAGCUCGACGGCGUCCAACCAGUCGGUGACGUUCACCUCCAUUUUCAACGCCAGCUGCCGCUUUGACGAGGAGUUCAAGUACGUCCUGUUGCCCGUCUCCUACACGCUGGUGUUCGUGGUGGGUUUGACGCUCAACGCCGUCGCCCUGUGGACCUUCGUCAAGAUGCGCCCGUGGAACCCCAACACCGUCUUCAUGUUCCAUUUGGCCCUCUCGGACUUCCUGUACGUGCUGUCGCUGCCCACGCUCAUCUACUACUACGCCAACCGCAGCCACUGGCCCUUCGGCGUCGCGGCGUGUAAAAUCGUUCGCUUUCUGUUCUACGCCAACCUCUACUGCAGCAUCCUCCUGCUCACCUGCAUCAGCGUUUACCGCUACGUGGGCAUCUGCCACCCCAUCAAGGCGCUCACCCUGAUAAAAUCGCGCCACGCCCACCUGGCCUGCGCCGCCGUGUGGGCGGCGGUGGUCGUUUGCCUGGUGCCCAACCUGCUGUUCGUCACCACGUCCAGGCGGGACAACGACACCCUGUGCCACGACACCACCCGCCAGGAUUCCUUCGAGGAGUACGUGGACUACAGCUCGGCGGUCAUGGUGCUUCUGUUCGGCGUGCCCUUCCUGGUCAUCGUGGCGUGCUACUGCCUGAUGGCGCGGACCUUGUGCCGACGCCGGCGGGGCUUGUCCGCCAGCCCGGCUUCGCGGCAGAAAUCCAUCAAGCUCAUCGUGGUGGUGCUGAUCGUGUUCGCCGUCAGCUUCGUGCCCUUCCACAUCACGCGCACCCUCUACUACACCGCCCGCGUCCUGGACCUGGAUUGCCGCACCCUCAACAUCGUCAACUUCACCUACAAGAUCACCCGGCCGCUCGCCAGCGUCAACAGCUGCAUUGACCCCAUUUUGUACUUCCUGGCCGGUGACCAUUACCGUGCCAGGCUGCUCUCCGCUCUGACGGGGCGAAGGCGAGCGACCAGGAGCGAAACGCUCUAUCAGGCUCCGGCCAACAGGAACGCAAGCAUCGCUCGGGUCUACAAGAACUUGGAUGCCAAAACCAAUAGCGAAGUACAAAAGUUGUAGAGAGCGGAAUUAUUUUUUUGUGCACUCUCGGCUAAUUUAUGUGAAUGAGGGGGCGACCGAUCCGGCGUGUGGCCCGCUCUCAAAAGUCAGCCGGGAUAAGCUCCAGGCCACCUGCGUGCGGCCUUAAUGAAGACAAGCACAAUAGAAAAUGGAUGGACGGGAAAAAUGGGAACAACGGUUAUGGAGUUUAGUUAUUAUCGUUAUAGACACUGCAAAAUUAGUUUAUUGAUUUUGUGCCAAAGCUGAGAGCUACGUAAUACUCAGUUGCGGAGAUAUAGUGUCAAAGUGUUGUUCAUACUUUCGUUUUGGCAUAAAUAGCCCCUCACCCAAUACAUAAAAAAUUUGAGUGCCAGCUGGUAAAGCGUUGGCCUCACAGUUCUGAGGUCCCGGGUUCAAUCCCGGACCAACCUUUGUGGACUUUGCAUGUUCUCCCCGUGCCUGCGUGGUUUUUUUCCAGGCACUCCGGUUUCCUCCCACAUUCCGAAAACAUGCAUCAUUAAUUGGACACAAUUAAUUGACACAAUUGGACAUAAAUUGCCCCUCAGGGUGAUUGUGAAUGCAUCUGUUUGUCUCAAAUAGGCCUCCAAUUGGCUGGCAACCAGUUCAGGGUGUACCCCGCCUCGGCUCCAGAACUCACCGCGACCCUCGUGAGGAUAAGCGCCGAAAAAAAUGGAUGGAUGUCCGUAUCAGUGGUUAUCCGGCGCAAUUUGCUAGCUAGCUGUGCCUACCCUUUGAAAAUAAUGCAGUAUCUUGCCUUCGUGUAAUCUGCUGGCGGAGCUGCUUGAGGCGGCCUCGUUGUUGGCCACAAGUGCACGCAUGUCACGGAGAGCCACGAGGACGCGUGUAUAUAUAGCGACUCGGCGGGAUAUGUUCCACCCACCGCAAGCUCAAGGCAGAUCUAUUUUCGAGGCUCCAUGAGAACGCUUUAAGAUGAAUUAGCGUACUUUUUUUUUUUCCAGCUGGCUGACGAGGUUUUCAACUGGCAGUUGAGUUUCAGUGUGUUGCGCAGACACACCCACAGUGUUUUUGAUUUUCCAGUUCUAUUUUUUUUUUUUUUUGAUAAGGCUUAACUUUUUUUUUUUAAAUCAUUCCUAUUUGACUGGGAUGUUAACAUUCUUAAAAAUUUACAAGGCAUGCUUAUUUUCACUUUACAGGGUCUUUGACACAAGCUAACAACAAUUAGAUUUGCUAAUACAUUUCUGUGAAAUGAAAUAAAAGUAAAAAUAAGAGUUAAAUACAAUGAAAUCGUUCACAAAACAAAGCUUAUAAUCGUUUUCAUCUGUCAAUUUAUUUUAUACUUAC